GGGAGGGCCCGAGGUCCGCCGCCGUCCCAGGAUGCAGCGCGGCGGCGGCGGUGGCGGCCGCCAUGUCGUGCUAGUUUGUUGUUCUCCGGCGGCGGGAGCGGGGCCCGCCGGGCGCUGAAUCCGAGCCCUUCCCGGCCCCUUGCCCGCGUCCUUCGCCGCGGCACCGGCACCCGCCGCUCCGGCGGGCGGCACCGCGGCGCUGCCGCGACCCGCCGCCGCCUGGGCCGGGCGAAGAGCCAUGGCUGCCGCGCUGGGAGGAGGCGCAGAUGAUGACUUUGAUCAGUUUGAUAAGCCUGGUGCAGAAAGGUCUUGGAGAAGAAGAGCUGGAGAUGACGACUGGGACAGUGAACUUGAUGAUGACUUGCUUGGAGAGGAUUUGCUAACUGGAAAAAAGAAUCAGUCAGACUUGUCAGAUGAAGAGCUGAAUGAUGAUCUUCUGCAAAGUGACAAUGAAGAGGAACAAGAAUUUCGCUCUCCAGGUGUCACAGUGAGCCUCAAUGCCACAUCUGGCAUCCUGACGUCGUACGAGCUCUCCGAGUCCAUCAACGAUCCCUCGCUGGAACAUGAGUCUGAGUAUGACCAAGGGGAAGAUGAAAUUGGUUAUGACAAAUCUGAAGCACCUGAAGAAUAUGCCUCAGAGUAUGCAGAGGAAGGACAUUAUGAAGGCAAUGAUCCUGAACUGACAGAAGACCAGAUAGAAUAUGGGGAAGAGCCUGGAGAAGAAGAUGAAGUGCUAGACCUUGAAAUCAAUGAACCCCUAGAUGAAUUUCCAGAUGAAGAUUACAUGCAAUCAUAUAAUGAGCAAGCAAUGGAAGAACAAGGAGAGUAUGCAGCUGAUGAGGAGCUGGGAGAGUCCCAGGCAAUAGCUAAUGAAUCAGAAGAGGCAGCUAUUGGGUCUCUGGAACUUCAAGAAGAAACAAAAGAAGAGUCUGAUGAGGAGGAGGAUGAUGAUGAAGAGUCUGGACGAUUACGUUUCAAAACCGAAAGGAAAGAAGGAACGAUCAUCAGGCUCUCAGAUGUGACAAGAGAAAGGAGAAACAUUCCAGAAACUUUGGAGCUUUCUGCAGAAGCCCAAGCAGCACUACGGGAAUUUGAAGAGAGGGAAAGGCAGCUUAAGCAGGGGCGAUACGGCUCCAGGAGAGGAGGCAGAAGAGGAGGCUCCAUUAUGUGCCAUGGAAUGGGAGAACAAAGGAGAGACAAUAAUGAUAGGGGAAGAAUGAAGGAUCACAGGCCUGCACUGCUGCCAAACCAGCCAUCAAUGACUCACUCACAGAGGUUAAUUCCAACACACCAGCAACCUGUUAUGAGUCUGUUCCAGCAGCAACAGCAGCAGCAACAACAACAACAGCAGCAACUGCAGCAGCAACAACAGCAGCAGCAGCAACAGUUACAAUUUCUGCUUCCUUUACAGCAUCAGCAUCAUUCUUCUCCUCCUCCAGGGCUACAUAUGCCCCCUCAGAUAGAAACACCUCGAAUAAUGAUGACUCCCCCUCCAGUGACCCCUCAGCAGCCGAAGAACAUCCACAUCAACCCGCAUUUCAAGGGGACGGUAGUGACGCCUGUACAAGUGCCCUUGCUGCCAGUUCCCGCCCAGCCAAGACCUGCUGUGGGACCCCAGAGAUUUCCUGGCCCUCCAGACUUCCAGCAGCAUACACCUGGACCAGUUCCUACCAACUUCUCCCAAGCCCCAAGGCUGCCAAUCCAGGACCAGUGGAGAGGGCCACCCCCACCACCUCCACCACUCCCUCCUCCACCUCCUCAGGACAGAGAUCCUUUCUUCUUAGCAGAUCCGAGGUUCCCGGGUCAUCCCUUGUUUGAGCAGCGCAGUCCCCCACCGCCACCGCCUCCCCCGCUUCUGAACAGCGCCCAUCCCGUUCCUACGCAGAGCCCGAUGCCGUUCAGCCCGCCCGGGCCCGCCUUUAACCAGCAGGGACAGCAGCCGGUGUAUCCCCGGGAGCGGCCGGUGCGGCCCGGCAUGCAGCCGCAGGGCCCGGUGGGGAUCCUGCACUUCAACCAGCCGGGCUCCGCCACCCCGCGGCCCUUCAUCCCCCCGCGGCAGCAGUUCCUGCAGGCGCCGGGACAGCCCUUCCUGUCCCCGCACACGCAGCCCAGCAUGCAGGGUCCCAUGCAUCCUCCAUUACAGCCUCAGCCACAACCUCAGCCUCAUCAGCAGCAUCACCAGCAGCAACAGCAGCACCAUCACCAGCAGCAGCAGCAGCAUCACCAUCUCCAAGGGCCUCCACAGCCCUUGAUGCCCAUGAACCAGCCACAGUUCAGGCCUCACAUGCAAGCCACACAGCAGCAGCCAAAUAACAACAGGAUGCAGUGUCAACCACGACAGGGUCCAAUGAAGCCAAGGCAUAGUACCCCAUCACAGAAUAUUGUCAAGCGUUCCAGUCAGCAGCUGCAGCCGGCCGCUCCCAGGAACAGCAACCUGCGUGAGCUGCCGAUCGCGCCGUCGCACGCCAUGGACACGGGCAUGGGCAGCGCCCGCCGCAGCUCCGCCCCGGCCGCGCAGGUCAAACCCCUCUCCAGCGCCCUGCCUGCCACCAAGCCUGGCGCUGCUGCUGCUGCCAACUCCCAGGGAAGGCCUGAGAUGAAAGCUAAAGCUGUCACUCCAGCGGGCCAGGCAAAGUCAGAAGGAAAAUGUGAACCAGAGUACCCAGAGGAAGAUGAAGAAACUCGGUUGUACCGUUUGAAGAUAGAAGAGCAGAAGCGCCUGAGAGAGGAGAUCCUGAAGCAGAAGGAGCUGAGACGGCAGCAGCAGGCUGGGGCCAGGAAGAGAGAGUUGCUGGAGAGACUUGCCCAGCAGCAGCAGCAGCAGCCUUGCUCCCAGCAGUCCUACAUGCAGCACGACGAGGACUCCUCCGAGUUCCCCACCAACGGCAGCCCCUACAUCCCCCACUCCGGCUUGCAGACCCGGCACAACGUGAAAAGCAGACUCCUUGUUAGAAAGCAAGACGCGGUAGCCACAAACAUCCACCCCAAACCCACAGAUUUCCCCCAGGGCGCGGGGGACGGGCAGUACCAAGGACAGCAGAUGAAGCCAGUGAAGCAGCUGAGGCAAACUAGAACGAUCCCUGCGAGUCAGCCUCAGGCAGCCCAGAAAGUGUUACAGAGCAAAGCUGCGGCGGCGCUGCCCACGGCGCAGGCGGCGCGAGUGGCCUCGGUCCCCGCCAGGCCCCAGGAGCAGAAGGCGGGGGUGAAAAGGACUGUGAUGCAGCGCACAAACAGUGCUAGUGAUGGGCCCCAUGGCGGCAGCAAAGUCAGGGUGAUUAAGUUGUCAGGAGGGCAGGGGGGAGAGGAUGCUGGCUUUUUUCACCCAGAGGGCCAACCCCAGCGGCCUCAGCAACCCCCGGAGCCGAAACAGCAGCCAGUGCGGAAGGUCACAUUGACAAAGGGAAUGCAGCAGCUCCAACAGCAGCAGCAGGCACAGAUCCAUUCACCAGCUCCUCAAGGAGUCAAAAACAUCCAGGGAAUCCAUCAGCCUAAAAAGGUCAUUAUGCACGGCAGAGGCAGAGGAGUAGCAGGCCAGAUGGGCCGAGGACGCUUGAUGCCAAAUAAACAGAACCUGCGAGUGGUGGAGUGCAAACCUCAGCCCUGUAUUGUGUCAGUUGAAGGGCUUUCUUCAUCAACUACUGAUGUCCAACUGAAAAACCUGCUGAUGUCAGUGGGACCCAUUCAGAGUUUACAGAUGCUUCCUCAGCAACGGAAAGCCAUAGCAAAGUUCAAGGAGCCAGCACAUGCUUUAGCAUUUCAACAGAAAUUCCACAGGCACAUGAUAGAUCUGUCCCACAUCAACGUGGCACUGAUUGUGGAGUGAUGUCUGCAGAGAAGCCCCUGCACCAGCCUCAGUGUACUGUGGAGCUACAGACUCACAGAGGAAAAUCCAUCGGGUUGGGAACCCUGUCAGCUCAGUCUGUAACUGCUCUGUUGAACUCCAGAAAGCACCAAGGUGACCUAUAGGAGAGGUGAAUUCGAGAGGAUCUGCAAAGGUGGAAUUUCUGUUCAGUUUCUUCACAUUCUGUUGUAACCACAUGGAACUAUAGAGGGUUUUUUUUUUCCAAAAUGCUUUUGAUGCAUGUAGACACUGUUCUCCAGGAUCCUACUGUGUGACCACAGUGACUUGAGAGAGAACAGUUACAGCGAAACAUUUGAAAAACUUUCAAAGAAUAGCAAAGAAUAUUUGAUAAUGGUUGCUCUUAUCUUCAGUGCAAGGUAUUUGAAUGAAAACUCAUUUUUCUAAACAAAUUAGUUGCAUUGUAUACCUGAGAGCACAGAAGGUAUUCUUGCAUAGAUUUGAACAUGGUCUGCUUCGCUGAAUAGCAGUUUGCUGAGAAGCUUUGGAGGUGACACUGGAAAAUUGUAGUUUUGAUCUUUGUAAAUAAGUCUGUGCAUUUUUCUAUUCCAACAUAGACUUCCAUUUUCUCUUUCCAACUCCACUUAAUUCCAUAAAACCCUGUGUAGAAGGAAUAACACUGCUGUAUUUUCCCUUGGUUUUUAAAAACAAGGAUCUUCGCCCUUCAGUAGCAUCGUGGGGUAGUGAACUCCGAGUUGUAAUUAGGUUGUUUUAAAUAACUCUACCAGAUGCAAGGAAAAAGAAGUAUUUGGUGGGUCACUUCAAAAAUGUUAUGCAGGAAGAGUGGUGCAUUCCUGAUAGUUCUUCUGGCCUAGUGUUUCAUGGUUGCCUCAUGCGUUAUUUUGAUCAGGUUUUUUGCUUUGAGAUUUAUUUUGUGGUUAAUGCUGAACCCGUAACUGAAGGGACUUCUUUUGAUGUGGUGUUCCUGGUACAUAAAGGACUAUAAGGACAUUGUGAAUCUCCUGAUAAAUGUGUCAGUUCCCAAAAAUGCCAUGAAAACAUUAAGGAGCCUUAUAUUUUAUUCAAAGUAAAAUUCAUAAUAUUUCCUUUUGGUUAGAGCCAUCCAGGCGGGGUUGCCAAAGUAGCAAUUUUUUCAGUUACUUCUGAAUAAACUUAUUAAAAUGUCAUCUUUAUAUUGGAUUCCAGUUUUUAUGAACAUUUCCUUAGUUUUCAGACCAUGAUGUUUUGCUUCAUGCUUUAUUUUAGGAAUACUCUUAAGCACUCCACCUACUUUUUGAAGGGGGGGACUUGCAGAAAUGUAGGUUUGUUACCUGAGUGACUGCAGAAGAACACUAUGGGUAUGAAAUAAAAGAGCAAAUGGGGUCCAAAAUAGGCAUGCCAAGCUAGAAGGGAUCAGCUAAGCAAAUUUAUAGUACUUUUUUUAAUAGUAUCUUCUUUUUUUGAUGAUUUAAUGGCACAGAUACCUAAUUGGCUUUCUUCCACUUUUGGUCCAGAUUUUCAAUUAAGUAAAAGUUACCAAAAAUAAUGAGGGAAUAAGUACUGUUUAAAAGUCUUCUAGGUAGACCUUUUCUCUGUUCAUUGAAAUAAUGUAGAAUAACAUGCUGCUUAUAAAAUAUUCUUUAAAUCUAUUUAAAACUUAGUGACAAGACACAGUAACAGAAUGAGAAUCUUUUCAUGGAGGCAGGGUUUACUCCCACCUGUAUAAUUCAUGAAUAAUCUUUAAUGGCAGCCACAGUUGCUGUACAUGAAGUGCUGUUAGUGCUUCAGGGUAGAGCCAAGCCCAGGACAGAGCUGCAGGUAGGAAGUGCCCAGUGGGACCAACCCCAAAGACCUGCAGAGUGAUCAGCCCCAGGCUGUUUAACUCCUCACACCAUUAGCUCUGGGACCCCUACACUGCCUCCUCAGGUUAUGUCACUUUUAUUUUUAAGAAAUAACUGCUGAUCUUUAAAGCAAGGCAUUAAACAGUUGCUGAUCCCACUGUUAGGGAGCAGCUUCUCUGCAGCGAGCAGGACAAGGAGACAUCUCGGAGCGGAGUUACAGUAGUGCGUGUCUGGAAAUCUGGGAUAGAUGCAAACUCCAGACAGGCCAGCAGCUGAGUUCAGCAGUAGGAACAUCUGCAGUUGAUCAGCUGUCCUGUCAGAAGCAAACAUUAUUGGGGUUAGAGGGUUUCUUGGAGCCUAAGAAUAUGGGUUUGAUUCAAAAGUCAAAGAAGUUUGUAGAAACGCUCCUGCUUUGGGUUUUGAAUCCAUCCCAAAGAGCCUGAGGUUCAGCCAACUUAAGUUUUAAAAAUUUUUAUUCAGUUGGGUUUUUUAAUAUGCACUUUUUUUUUUGAGACAAAUGUGUGGCUUUGGAAUAAAGACACAGAAUGGCCUCAUAUCUAUUUAAAUGAAGGAGUGACGUGAGCAAUGCCUGUUUAACGAGUAGAUGCAUCCUCUUUAACAGCAGUUGCAGGAGAUUUAUGCUUGUGCAUAGACAGGGUAUGGGUGGAUUGCUGGGGAUUAAUUCAGCUGCUUACUGCAGUACCUGGGUACCUUCCUCCAUGUAAACCUACCAUAUGUAUGUAUGUCUAUAUUUAUUUUAUUAUACACAUACAUACAUACACCCUGUGUUGUCACCAUAUCUCUCUAAUGUCCUAAAAAGCUCAGUAGCAAAAGUAGCAAUUAGGUGAGUCAUUUUUAAAAUGUUUGUGUUCUCCUACUUCUCAAAUCAUAACUUAAAAGUGGAUCUCUUGGCAUUGAUUGGUUUGGGUGAUACAGCUCCUUUAGGUCCAUUUGCUGUCUCCUCCCAAAAACACCCAAAGGAAAUAGAGGUAGAGCUAGACAGACGUGUUCUUGAUGUGUUCUCUUCCAGCACAGAGUUAAAUCUGAGCAUUUUAAGUUAAUUUUCUUGGAAGAUCUGUUGCAACCAUUAUCUUGUUCUUUCUUUGUAGUGAAUUCACAAUACGAUGCAAAAUGGAAAAAAAAAGAGAAGGCAUUUAAUGUAGUAUGUAAAUAUUGACCUUUUAAAAUUAAAAUGCUACUCAGAGUGCUUACAGUCAACCACAUCUUAGCUAUUUGUUAGUUUUUUGUGUUGUCUUAUCUAAAUUUAAAUGGAUAUGGUUCCAUAAAUGUUGAUGUGUUUUUGUGUAUAUCUUCAAAUUUUUAUAAAGAUGCUAGUAAGUCAAUACAUA